CCGCGUUAUACGAUUCCGCCGGGAGUCGAUUCCUCACUCGUGCCGGUAAAGCGGACACUGACAGUCCACACUGUACGCGGACAGUCCACACUGUACAUUGAAUGUACAUUGACUGUACACUGACUGUGCACACUGUACAUUGACUGUACACGGACACCGUGCACGCUAUUCGCGCAUAGAACUCAUGCUACAGAGCUGAGUACGGACUGUACUGUACACGUCACUGGACAGUGCGUACUGUACGCAGUCUGACGUACUGUACACACGAGUCGGGACGCGCUGUAACACUGUUACACGUACUAUAGACACCAAGUGGACCCUAACCUUACUCUACAGCCGGCGGUGGUGCUGGCGGCAAAGCGCGUGGCCUGUAAAUACAGCACUGUGGAGGCAGCAGCGAGGUGGUGCCGUCUCUGGUCUGCAGACGUCAUUUCUGACUGAGACACUUUCUGGUGAAGGAGGAGCUGCCUCAGGAGGCAGCCGACAAUGAUGUGCCUUGAAGACCUGGAGGUGGAGCUCGCGUGUGUGUCGUCUGAGCUAGACAGAGUCGGGACGCAGAUCCAGGAGCUGGUGGAGCAGCAGGAGCUGCUGCUGGAGCGCAAGGCGAGCAUCCAGAACAAGAUCAGCAAACUCCAGCGCAAACAGAGCAAAGAGCAGAGCGGCUCCGCGGACAGUGCUCGCGCUGCAGAGAAGUGGGAGCGAGAAGAUUUUUCGUGGUCGACCAAGUUGAAAUGCAUCCUGCGCGAAGUAUUCAAGAUGGACAAUUUUCGAUCUUUGCAGCUGCAGGCAAUGAAUGCCAGUAUAGCCGGCCACGAUGUGUUUCUCAUCAUGCCAACAGGAGGAGGCAAAAGUCUCUGCUACCAACUGCCAGCACUGUGCUCGAAAGGAUUCACUCUGGUGAUUUCCCCACUCAUCUCGCUGAUGGAAGACCAAAUUAUGGCGCUGGAGCAACUAAAGAUCCCAGCCGCCAUGCUCAGUGCCAGUAGCACCAAGGAGCAUGUAAAGACUGUGCAAGCGGCCAUGAUUUCCAAUGACCACGAGCUGAAGCUGCUGUAUGUGACGCCGGAGAAGAUCGCCAAGAGUAAAAUAUUCAUGUCGAAGCUGGAGAAAGCUUACAAGGGCGAGCGCCUCGCUCGCAUCGCCAUCGACGAGGUGCACUGUUGCAGCCAAUGGGGGAACGACUUCAGGCCCGAUUACAAGGUGCUGGGCAUUCUGAAGAGACAGUUCCCCAAGGUGCCCCUGCUGUGCCUCACCGCCACGGCCACCAGCGUGGUGCUGGACGACGUGAAGAGCAUCCUGGCAGUGCCCGGCGCCCUCUCGUUCACCGCCUCCUUCAACCGCCCCAACCUCCACUACCAGGUUCAUCGGAAGCCGACCAAAUUUGAAGACUGCAUGGAAAAUAUGGUCAGGCUCAUUAACAAGAAAUACAAAGGCCAGUCAGGUAUCGUGUACUGUUUCUCACGAAAAGACGCCGAGGAAGUGGCAGCAGCUCUCACUAGUUUGGGCGUUGGUGCUGGCUCUUACCACAGCGACAUACCAGCUGAUCGCCGUAGCAGGUUGCACCGCCACUGGACCAGCAACCGCUUGCAGGUUGUGGUGGCAACCGUGGCCUUUGGCAUGGGCAUAGACAAGCCGGAUGUGCGCUUUGUGAUCCAUCACUCACUGAGCAAGUCCAUGGAGAACUACUAUCAGGAGAGCGGCCGGGCAGGGCGGGAUGGUGCCCCAGCGGACUGCGUGCUUUACUACAGCUUUCCGGACGUGUUCCGGCAGAGCCAGAUGGUGUCCAUGGAGCGCACGGGCCAGGAGAAGCUCUACGGGAUGGUGGCGUACUGUCAGACUUACAACAGGUGUCGGCGGAGUCUGAUCGCCGAGCACUUUGACGAGGUGUGGGACGCCGCACAGUGCGACCGCAUGUGCGACCAUUGCAGAGGGGGUGUCGUGGCGGAAGAGGCGAGCGUGGUACGGCACGCACGCGGCCUCAUCGCCAUCCUGCGGCACGCCCAGCAGAAGCAGGAGAAGCUCACGCCACUGCGGCUCCUCGAGGCCUGGCAGGGUCGGGGUGCGGUGAAGCUCCGAGUCUCGUCGGUGCCAACUCCGUCGUUGUCUCAGCAGGGCUGCGAGAUCAUCGUGCUGCAGUUGCUGAUGCUUGGCUACAUCAGGGAAGAGUACAGCUACACGCCCUACGCGACCAUCUCGUACCUGGUGGUGGGUCAAAAGGCGCGGCUACUAGACGACCCUGACCAUGCCCUCUCCCUGUGGCUUCCCAGUUCUACAAAAACUCCAGCCAAGGCGGACUCUGGUCACACAGCGAGCGGCACAGCUAGCGGCGCGAAGAACGCGAGCAAGCGUGCCUCUUCCGACGGGAGCUGCGGCAAGCCCAAACGGAGCAAAGGCAGCGGUGUCAUCCUGCUGGAGUGAUUCUGGAUUCAGGCCACACUAAAACUCCUACGACUACGACUGUAGCGAGAAGUCAAGUCACCCGAAUGCUACCUUUCAAGUGUCCGGAAGGUUUUAUUUAAACCCAUUUUUUUUUAUAUUGGAAAUGUUAAUUUUACAUUGUUUUCAGAAUAGCCUACAAUGGCAUCAGUUCUGUUCUUCCAUUGGGAGUUUUUUUUUAUUAAAACUGGAACUUUUUUCAAAUUGAAUAAGAUUAACUUUUGUUUGCUUUGUACGUUCAUCAUUAAAAUGUCAGUUGCUAUUAUUAUAGCGAGACAUUUGUGCUGCGAGUAAAACCGUGUACGUUUUGGGUUAUAUACCCAGUGCAAAAGCAGCCACGUUACUCUUAAAGGGCAAACCAAAUCCUAGUCCAAUAAAACACAAAUCAGUGGCAGUGUCUGGCUUAGUCUAUGGUAGUUACUGCAACAUUCAGAACAAGCAUCAAGUAAUGAUACAGGAUUUUUAUUCCUUGUCAACAAACAUUUGUCCUAAAACAGACAGCUUUGAGGUGUAUGGCUGGCUUGGCGAUCCCAUUAUGGCCGUUCUUCUAUGGCCAGAUUUCCUUCUGGCCCCCGCUUCUUGAGGUCUGCUACUAUUGGUCCACACACUUACAUUGUGUUUGUCUUUGUCAACCUGACUCCAGUCUGACGGUGUGUAACCACCUGCAUUUUCUUUGGGCGCUGCAUUCACAGCUUCUUCAAACAAUCUCUUCAGGGUCAAAGUUUCGUCUUUAAAAUGACUGCAGCAAUACAGAGCCGCUGGGUCGAUGGGGUGGGCUUCUGUGUUAAAGAUGUAGCCCCCUGCGCCGAGGAUGCAUUCUCCAAAAGGAGUGGACACACUGUCCGAUACCUCACCACUAUUGUGUAAGAAGUUGUCCGGGUCGAACAGGAGAUAGAGAUAUUUUGUGGUCUCGGCCAAGAAAAAUGAUUCCAUUCGAUUUUCCAGCCUUUGAUCUUGAACAUUUUUUACCUGCAAAUAAUCAAGACUUUUGGAACAGGCUCUCAAAUAUACAAAGUUUACUGUUUGUUAACGGUUAAACAAAUCACGUUGUUAAAUCGGUGUAUUUAUGGUGAGUGUGAUGUUACUGUAUACGUGCGGUCAAAACUUCCAGAAUAAAAUAACAUUUUUGCAGAAAAUGAA